AGGCAUGUCAGUGCUAUGCAAGGGCAGCCAUGCAGAGAAGGUCCACCACGCCUUCCAGGGCUACGACGUGCACCACAACGGAUUCAUCACUAAGAACGAGAUCCGCAAGAUGCUCAAAGCGUAUUUCUUUCUGAGCAUGGAGUUGGUACGCGAUGUGAUUAGGGGGCUGGAAGAGGAGAUGGAGGAGGAGGGCUGGUUUGAGAUGGCUGAGCAGAAGUCGAAUGAUUCGUGCAUGUACCUGAAUCUCAUAAACCGCAAGGUCGAGGGUGACGACCAGGGCGAGGCUAAUGGGCAUUCGAGGUUCAUAACGGCGGACGAGACCAAGCGCCAGUCAUUGCAGUUCUUGCCUACGCAUGAACAAGGAUCAAAUGGGGUGCAAGGCGGUGAUGGGUACCAGAGCAUCAACAGCAUCUCUAACUUUGCGAAUAACAUUCGAAGGCGCACUAGCUACGCCGUCACUCGCGCACAGCAGAAGGCUGAAAAGGGGGAACUUUGGCCGGUUAUGGAGGCCAUGUCCCAGGACGCCAUAGACGAGCUGGUGGAAGAAACGUUUGCGCAGGCCGAUAUCGAUAUGGACGAUGUGGUGUCACGCGAAGAGUUCGAGAGGCUGGCGGCCAAAAAUACCACUCUGACAGCGUGGUUCGAUGCACUCGGGAGCGUGUUCUGAAGCGGACGCUACCACACUAUCAGGCGACUCUCCUUCACCUGUCCAAUCCUCGGGUUCACAUCUCGCGCUGAGCCCAAAUACAAACACACACCAGAAACAGGUGUAUUCUGUGGUAUUUAGAAGACUCCUUUCGACUGAGGUCGCUCACUGCCUCCGACAGGAGGAUGGCCAGCGGUAGUAUCACACGGAGUAUUUAGAUUGAAGUUCGGUACAUCACUGGCAACUGAGUGUUGCAUUUGGGGCUGAUUCGUACCGCAGUCAAAGUAACCCAUAGUCGAUUAAAGAAAGCUGGCUCACGCGUGUAUGUGGUCGGUUGAGGUGAGAUGUGUACUAUCCAGUUGUGGUAUUCGAAGCACUGCGACGCACACUGCGCUAGUGUUUUGGCAUCUACUCAGAAUGUACACAUUUAACCCGCAGGAUCUUAUGUUUUAUCAAACGAUCUCAAUUCUUCGAGCGGCAGGCCAGUUUCCUGCCCAAUCAGCCUGGCAUAGAUAAAGGUGUGCAUUACUUGUGUGCUCAGUUCAACGAGGCGCAUGUCACCUGGGGAUUAAGCAUGAUUAGUGGUGCUAGCUCAUGCUUGUAGCCUACCGAGGUCAAGCUCGACAACGAGGGGUUUGAUUCAGAGUACAUUCAACAGGACACACGAGCCCUGCGUCCACUGUAAACCGGUGUACACAGACUAGGCCAGCCUAUUUAUGUAGGGCAUGUAUUGCUUGUAUAUAUGUGUAUGACAUUCUCCUGCUCAGGUCCAUUGGUCACGGUGUCUGUGCAGGAAACAAGAUGCUCUCGAGGGCUGAAGUGCUCGACUUGUGACUCCGGAAUGGAGAGAGAGCUAGUCUGAAGGACUAUGAAUCUGGUCAUGGCACUGAGGCCAUAGAUUGCACCUACAUACAUUGGUACACGAUGCAAGUAAACGAGCAGCCAGGUACUAACAGCUAUGUUGAACAAAUAUCUCACGAACCGGCUUGGGAUGGGCAGAUGAACUUGUUAUAUCCAAGGACUUUAUAAGACGUGUGUAAGGCGAGGACUAUGUAUGGUACACAGGAUGAUUAUCCACCGAAAGCAAUCGGUAUAAAUGUGCAUCCUAUGUGAGACAUCAGAGUUUGAUCGUUGCUACCCACGCCGAGAAUAUUGCUAUGUUUGUUUACUGGAGAUUAGCUAAACGAGAAAGGCAAUGGAUACCUCCAAACUCUGACUCUAAACCUUAAAAACCGGGCAGGUUUUUUAACUCUUGCAUACCCAAACGUACACGUGGAGCGUAUUAUUUACCACAAAUUCUGACCAACAUCUUCGCGAGUGCUAGUGUGCUUGUUCGAGAAGAAUAACGUACUAGCCCACGACCACGGGGCAUUGUUCAGGAGUAGUUCACAUCCAGCAAUACUAUUCCGGCGGUAGCUUAAAUUAAACUAUGAAAGCCCACGAGCAUAUGUCGAGAAGAUGGCGUGUGACAUUGAUCACUCGAGACAAGCCUCAGCGAAAAGCAAUGGCAAAUCGUCAAGGCAUCAACACUCCGCGACAACCUUUGCGGGGCGCCGGUAAUGAACAAAGUAAAUACUAACAAGGUGUGAUGAAAUAUAGAUACAUUCACUUAGAACAACGAAGUGAGCUAUUCAGUAUCAGGUGUAAACGCGAGUGGUGGAAAUUACAUGUUCUCAAUCACAACCUGAAGCGAUGAUAUUGCGAUCACUGUGUAUGAAAGGAUAGAUAGGUA